AUGGAUGCUCUGGAUUCUGUUUUCGAUCCGUUGAGAGAUUUCGCAAAGGACAGCGUUCGCCUGGUCAAGCGCUGCCACAAGCCCGAUCGCAAAGAGUUCACGAAGGUGGCGACUAGGACGGCCAUCGGGUUCGUGGUGAUGGGAUUUGUGGGUUUUUUCGUGAAACUCAUCUUCAUUCCCAUCAACAACAUUAUUGUCGGCGCUACUUGA